AUGACAUCCGCAACACUCGACAACCCCGGCAAAGCCGUCCUCUCACCCUACAAACUCGCCCACGUCGUCCUCCGCACCAACAACUUCGACGCCAUGCCCUCCUUCUACAAAACCUUCCUCGGCGGGCACGCCAUCUUCGAGAACGAAAUGCUCUCCUUCCAAACCUACGACGAAGAAGACCACCGCAUCGGCAUCAUGGCCAUGCCCGGCGUCGGGCCCAAGAACCCCGCGACCUCGGGUCUCGAACACAUCUCUUUUUGCUACCGCAGCCUCACCGAGCUCGCCACGUCCUACCUGCAACGCAAGGCGAACGGCAUCGAACCGUUCUGGUGCGUCAACCACGGGCCGUCGACGAGCGUGUACUACAAGGAUCCUGAUGGCAAUGUGCUGGAGACGGAGGUGGAGAAUUUCGAGAGCGUGGAGCAGAGUAUUGCGUUUGUAGGUAGUGAGGCGUACCAGAUCAAUCCUAUUGGGGUGGACUUUGACAUGGAGGAGUUGAUUGCGAAGCUCAAGAGGGGCGACGAUGAGACGGAGCUGAAGAAGAGGCCUGCCAGUGGACCGAGAGGGCCUGACAGUGUGCCGCAGUGA